ACAUGCAGAAGAGAGGGGAGCCUGGGCUCAGACAGAGCUUCGAGAGUGCAGCUGAGGUCCACGUUGACUGCUCGUCCGAGGCCCAGGGCUGAGGAGCUGGGAGGCGGGACCAUGUGGCUGCCCCCAGCUCUGCUCCUGUUCAGCCUGCCAGGCUGUUUCUCCAUCUUCUCCAUCCAAGGCCCAAAGUCUGUGCGAGGCCCAGAGCAGGGGUCAGUGACUGUGCUGUGUCGCUAUAGCCCAGAAUGGAAGGCCUACCACAAGUGGUGGUGUCGAGGAGCCCGUUGGCACACAUGCCGUAUCCUCGUUCAAACCAGAGGGUCAGAGCAAGAGGAGAAGAGUGGCCGGGUGUCCAUCAGGGACAAUCGGAGGGACCACUCAUUUGAGGUGACCAUGGAGAAGCUCCAGCAAGACGACACGGACACUUACUGGUGUGGGAUUGAGAAAACUGGAACUGACCUUGGGACACAAGUCAAAGUGACCGUUUGCCCAGUGAGAACAGACGAUACAUCUUCCAAACCACUCGCCUGGCCAACUGCCAACAGUCUGGGGAUGUCCUCUGGCUCCUCCAAGAGACACCACUACCUGCUCCUGGUGUUCCUGAAGGUGCCCAUCUUACUCAUCCUGGCCGGUGUCAUCCUCUGGUUGAAGGGGUCUCAGAGGAUCCCUGAGGAGGAAUGGGAAGAGUCUGUCUACACGAAUUUGAACUUCAAACUUCCGACCAAAGACGUGGCUCCUUAGGCAGGUGGGUGAGCAGUGCCUUCCCACCCCGGACCUGUUUCCAGAGGAGCCAGGCUGUGCAGGAGAGUCCCCUGAGUCCUCGGGGUGCAGGGGCUGAGGCUGGCGCGUGGGGGCUGGCUGGGCGGCCGCCCUGCUCUGCACAGCUCGGGGGUGCAGCUCGGCCCUUCCUGGGACUCAUGGCGCCUGCAGUACCAGCACCUCACGUCCACCUCUCCAGGGACAGCUGCCCACUCACCCUCUGGGGCUGGCUCCCAGUGGGGGCUGCUGGGAUGGAGCCCAACCUGCAGACAGUCACGUCCCACUUCUGGAAAAGCUCCAUGCAGAGCCAGGAACAGAAGUCCAGAGGAGACAGAGAGGGACCAGCUCAACACCCUCCCGCCCUGAGCGCCUAAUGUAUAUUUAUUUUUUUAAAUCACAUUUUCUUAAGCCCAUCAGAUUGGGUUUGACGACCUGAGGCCAUGAGUCCCUGACUGAAGGGUGAUCCUUUCUUGCCAGGGAGGUGGUUCUGGGUGAGUUCCUGAUUCUAGGGCUAGAGGUUGGAUGUCCCCUUCACCAGGGGGGACAUGGCUCUGAGGCCACCAUGCCGAGGGGGUCUCGGUUUCCUCCUCCCUCUUCUUCCUCCCCCUGUGGGCUGCAGCCUGGGCUCAGGGUUGCUCUCAUCUCAGCAUAGCGCUUGGCUUCUCCUGAGGACCUCACUGAACCUCUGAUGCAGUCUCCGGUCGGGGGUGGAGGGGGGACAAUGAGAGGGAAAUGAUGUUGUCCCUUUUAAAUAAUGUUUGAAAAUUGUCUGGUGCUGGUGAUAUAGCCCAUCACGUAGUGCUCCUGCCUCUCAAGCUUGAGACCCGGGUUCGAGUCCCCAGCACUAUUACAUUGAAAAUUGUCUCAAUGAUUAAAAAUACUUGAGGAAAUAAUGUCUCAAACACCUCACCCCAGCAAGGACACCCUUGAAUAGGUAGGUCACUUUGUACCAAGAAGGUCAAGGGACGUUAUCCUGAAGCAGGCUUUCCUUCCUGUGAGGGAAACGGUUCCUCUGGGACGUGCCCCCACCCCUACACACAAAACGCACAGAUGCAAACCUUUGAAGGUCCCUGCAAGUGAAGCCAGAAUUAAGAACAGUUAGUGUAGAAAUAGGGGAUCGGGUCAAAUCGAGGAAAUGGAGGCCAUAAAGUCAUCUGCCUCUGGAAGUUGGAGACUGCCCCUGGAAGA